UUCAUUCAGUCGAACAUUUGCAUCCACGGCAGCAACAAGUUGCUCGCUCUCUCUUCAUUAACUUCUUGUGCCUCACAAUUUCGUAUUUAAAAUUCAUCGCCGUACCAUUGCGAUUCUCGGUCGCAUAAUAUUUACACAAAAUAAUUGUGUUUGUAAAGAGAAAAAGGUGUAUUCUACCAUAAAUUGUAAAAAAUAAUAAUUUACGUUUUGUGUAUGUACGAAGUUUUCUCGAGAAAGAAAAAACGGUUCACAGAAAAGUAAAGUGUGCGACAUUCAAUUGUCAUAGAACAUUAGAUUUCGAAACACUUGAAUCUAUUCAGAAUAUUAAUUAUACAAAAGAGACAAAAAAAGAAAACAAGUAUUUUAAGGUGAAAUCUUACAACAAAAUAGACCGUAAAUUUUUCACAGCAUCGCGACAAAGAGAAUACACAUUUUUUUUUUCGUUCGAGAUAAACGGUUAACAAACAACACUGAAAUGAUGUCAGAAACUGUCGUAACUGUAGAAUCGGGCAAUCGGAAUAACGCCCAAACACCACCAAAACCUGCUGCACCACAACAAUCAGCAGCUGGCCCAUUAAGUUGGAUCACAUUCAAUACAGCUUAUUUUCAAUCCGUGCCCGGACUUUUGAAACUCAUACAAUUGGUUUUGGGUAUCAUUUGUAUGUCAUUGGCAUCGCCGGCUCUGAUUACAUCGACGCAUUGGUUUUUGUUUGUCGUUGUAACCGCAUUCAUCGCCACGCUAUUAUGGAUUGCCAUUUACUUUUUGGGCAUUCGUGAGGUUCUCAAUUUAUCGGUCAAUUGGAUAUUAACGGAACUUCUCAACACUGGCAUUUUUACGAUUGGCUAUGCCAUCACAACAUUGUUCCAAUUGAUAAACUGGGUCGGAGUUAAUUACCAGGGACGUGCUUCGAAUAUUGUAGCAGCCGUUUUCGGUUUGUUCAACACAAUCGCGUAUGCAGCUGGAACAUAUUUUUUAUUCUUAGAACACAAGGCGGGCGCAACGCAUUAAAUGUACAACAAGAACAAGACUCUAUCUAUCUAUCCCUAUUUAACAAGAUCACAAAAACAAAAAUUCAAAAACCGAAAUUCAUUAGACGGUUUUUUUCUUAUCUUUUUUUUUAAUUUCAUAAUUUUAUAUACAAACAUUUAAGCGGAAACAAGGAGGAAAAGUUAAAGCAGAAAAGAGGAAAAAACAGCAGAGACAGCAAUUAUAAUUUUACUAUUAUAUUAACAAAAUGAUUUAUAUUAAUGCAAGAAAAAGUACAUCAAAUUUUGGCUUUAAGUCAUUGAAAAAAAAAAAUCCCAAAAUAAUCGCAUGGAAUCACAUGAUUUUAUAAGUAAACAAUUUUAAUAUUAUUAUGAAUAAAUAUAUGUUUUAAGUGUGUAA